UGUUUGACAGCUGUACUUCCUCAUUCUAGUUUGUAGUUUGUCGGUGUGACAGUCAUGAAGGACGGCAGCAGACCAGAGGAACAGGCCGAGGUUUCCCGACAGGAGCUGUAUGAGGACUAUGUGAGCUGUUACCGUCAGCUGUGUCCGGAGGUCCGGCCGUGCCGCGAUGAGGGGCUCCUGAAGAAGGUAGCUCAGUAUCUGCUGAGAGAACCAGAACCCUCAGGGACAUUCACCGUGUUCCCCUUCUACCAGGCUGUGACACAAGACUGUGAUUCCCCGAGCACUGACUGCAGGAAACAUCUGUCUGCUUUUAUUAAAGCCACCGAGCUGCUGGAGACUCUCUGCCUCAAUCUCUUUCUUCAACCCUGGAGGAAGGAAAUCAAGACACUUAAGGCAUUCACAGGUCCGUUUGUUUACUGUCUCCUGCCAGUUCUCAGCAGUUCUACCAUUCAGUCAGUCCUUGCCUCUAUUGGCUAUCUGCCCCAUACUGACACUCCACAAAGUGAAUACAGACUGAGUGAGGAUGCUAAUCCAGAAAGAGCCAUGCUGCUGGGCUUUGAGCUGCUGCUGGCCAGGGUGGAGUGUUACCGACUCCUGGAGCUCCUGGAGAAGGAUCAGCUGGGACCACAGGAGUGGCUGGAGGUUCUUCAGAGGAGAGUGGAGCCUACAAAACAGGAGGAAACCACAGAAAAGAAGACACCAAUAGAGCAAAAGGAAGAAGAGGAGGAGAAGAAGAAGAAGAAGAAGGAAGAGGCACAUAGAAAAGAGGUACCUCUGUUUUUGGACAUCAGGAGUGAAAGUACAGUGACACCCCAGCCCAAGCCUCGACGCUGCCAUCUCAGCAGUGAAGACCCUUCCAUUAUGGAGAUGCAGAUGAUCUACCCUGACCUUGCCAUCAGGGGCCGCCCCCUGCUACCGGACAAACCUCAACGAACAAACAGCAGCAGGAGCAGCAGCAGUAAAGAUGUUCAUACUACCAGCGCUCAUAAUUACAGUGAUGACAACACAGCUGCUGACCUCUGCAAAAGAAAUUCUGUUAAAGGCACCAAAGCUGCUGCUUCAGCUAUCCAAAGUAAAACUGAUGAAGUGCUUGGUGAUGAUGGCAGAGACAGUGGUUGUAAUGACAGAAACAGUGGUGGGACCACUGCCCCAGGAGACACCAUUAACAGCAACAUCAGUGACACUGAUGGUGGCAGAGUUGAUGAUGAGCUCAGUGGUCCUCAGGCCAUUUCCCUGCACAUCACACUGAGAGCUGGAUCCAAAGCAGAGCAGAACGUGAAGCCUGGAGAGCCUCAGCCCACAGCAGAGCCUCCUGUCAGGACACACCAGCAGACUGUGGCAGAGCUACAAAAUAAGAAACCAGCAAACCCAAAGCUCUCCUCUCUGAGCUCCAUGGACGAGGCACAGGAGCUGAGAGAGCUGGCAGAGAGGAUGGGCCAGCUCCAUGUGCAGGAGACCAAAGAGGAAGUGAAGACAAAAGAAGAAAACAAAAGAGGAGAGGAAAACACAAAUAAAGAGAGGAGGAAGAAAGGAAGAAAGGCAAGCACAGAGAAAGAGGCAGAGGAACAGAGCCUCAGGAAGCCAGUGAUGGAGACGGGUCCAGCGCUGACCCACUCUGCCAAUAGAUGCACCAGAUCGUCUCAGUCUGAUCCCGUGGUGAUGAAAGAGCAGAAGCAGCCCACUGUGUGUCAUCGCUCACCGCUGACCGUCAGUACAGCAGACUGUCAGAGCUGUAAAGGAGGAGGCAGCACAGGGCAGCAGGAGGGAGAAGAUACUGUGAGAGCAGAAACAGGCAGAGGAGAAGAGGAGCAGCUGGCACAAAGCUUUGUUAUAGUCGAGCAUCACAAGAAAUGACAUGCUCUCAAGCUUCAUUUACAUGUAUAGAAAUUAUUAAUAAAACUGCUGAGCAAGCCCAAAACCGAUACAAACUGUAAUCAACCGGUAAGCCAAGAUUUAACAACACACAGGUACAGAUUUAAAGAGCAGAACAAGAUUUUAACGCACAUCAUAAUUUUAUCCACACUUCGUUUGAAAUCUGUUCUACCUAUUCUCAGGGAUAUCCUCAGCUGCUCUGGCUGCAUAGUAACAAGUAAGAGAUAACAGGACAUACCCAUAUAUGGCUGUUAAAGGAAUACUUCACCCAAAAAAUGUUUAUUAGUGUAUCAGUAAUUCACCGUGUGUUGCCUUGAAUUCGUGAAGAAAACUUUGUUUUCCUUGCAUGCCUGCACGGUGAACGGAGAAUCCAAAAAAGGUAAAUAUUCUUCAUGAAUUGAAGUAAACAGGAUCCACAUUUUACAACAGCAAUACUACAUCAACACACCCAUUAACAAGCAUUCACACAAGUUAUGCGGUACAGGUCUCAUUAUCAAGUCGUGUCCUCAGUAUUUCCCAAACACAUGCAUUUUUGCCAAAAUGUUACGAUUUUCUGGCCAUUAUUAAGUGUCAUAUCUCAGGAACAGAAGGGGAGAUAUUUGUUCAUAGACAUAAUUAGUGACACGAAUUUUGGGUGUCCACCUUGAAACUGUGCUGAUUGUAAAGAUUUUCUGUGCUGCUGGGGGAAAGAUGUGUGUGAAGCAUCCAUGUUUUCACAGACAUGGGCUGUAAGAGAAACUUGACUGGUGCGCAGAGGCAUACAACUGUGGGGCGGUAAUUCUAGUUGGAUUCUCCGUUCACUGUGGUUGUCUUCACAAAUUCAACGUGACAUGCUGUAAUUUAUAUACAAAUGGUCAUUUUGCGGGUGAAGUACUCUUUUAAGUUGCGUUCAAACCUCUGUUUUAUUCCUACUUGGGAGCGUUCACACAGUAUUCCAAGAUGAUUACCUCCCUGCCAGCCCUGUAGUCUCUCCAGAUAAAUCAUCUGUGAAAACCAGAUACAGACAGAUAAACAUAUCCUGUUUAAUAAGCUGAAAUGGAAUUGGGUUUUAUUUUGGUGUCACUGCUAGCACUUCUGUAGUUGUUUUCACCAUAUGGAAAAUAUAGCUGUCAGAAAUUUCCCCAAAUCUUAGACUCUGAAUUACAAGUAAGAGACUGAUGUAAAUGUUUUUCCCCACUUGGCUGCUUGUAAUGAUAUGAUGUGAACAUGCCAUUAGGCUAAUUUCUUUUUCGCUGUUUAAAGCCCUUAAUCUUUAUUUUAUCAUGAUAAGAUUAUUUUUUGAGUGUUUUUUGCCUUUAAUGAUAGUAUAACUGAAGACUGACAGGAAAGUUGGGUGAGAGAGGGGGAUGGCACCCAGCAAAGGGCUGCAGGUUGGAAUUGAACCUGGGCUGCUGCAAAGGCCUAUAUGUGGUGCACAUGCUAACAGGUGAGCUAGCUAUUUUAUCAUAAAUUGCAGGUAUAUGUAUAUGCAGUAUGUAACUGAAGAGUUGUAAAUGAAAAAAAAAAACAACAACAGCAUUUUGUGUGUGUUCUCCACCAAAUAUAACUGAAAAUAUAGGUUUGAGACUAAAUAGUGUGAUUUAAACUUUAAUGGAGGGGUAACCCUUUUAUAUGUUCACAUUAUGUCCCCUGAAUGAUUCUGUAUAUAUGCUCUGGUUGCUUGCUUUUCUCACUAGUUUGAAGUGGGUGGGGCUUAUUUGAAAAAAGGAAAUGUUCCCAUUCGUCCAUGCACCAGUCACAGUUCAGCAACAUUUGAAUUAGAUUCUGAUAAGAGCUGUGUGGUUGUUGCUGAUGUUAUCAGUCCUGUCAUUCCACAAACCACACCCACACAGCGAAGCAGAUUAGUAGAGGUUAUGGGUGUUAUAAAUAUGAAGGAUGUUUUUUCUGACAUUUAACAUUGAAUGUUGUUUUAUUUGUUAUGAUGUUCAUUUACUGUUAUGUAGAAAUAAAGUGAGGUCCAGAGGUCUGAGUCCACUGGCCAAGAUACAUAUAUUUUGUUGUUUUGUUUUAUCUUUGUUUUGUUUUGAAUGUAACACUAUUCCUUUUUCAUUACAAAUGAUAAUAUCAGCUUCAUUUGAAAUGUAGAAUCUUUGAAAAAUGUACAUGAAGUUUAUAUGUGGUACAGUGUGUCCCCAUUUUGCUUUAAUGACAGCAUGCAGUCAAGCUGGUGUUGACUCCACAAGUUUGUGCAAAACCUAGCAGCAUGAUUCGACGAUGUUCCAAAGAGCUUCUUGUGAUGUCACCGAAUGCUUGGGUUUUUCAGUCUUUAAGUGUGCCCAUAAAUGUUCAGUGGGAUUGAGGUCAGGUAACUGUGGAGGAAAGUCCAUGACUGCCAAGACUCCUUGAUCUUCUUUGGUCUACAUGCUUAAUGGAAUGGGCUGCACAUGUAGAGCACCUUUCUAGACUUCUGACCACUCAGAGCCCGAGUGAUUGUAUUUUGGUAUCUUUUAUUUCUACGGGUUAGAUUUGGUUGUUUAAGUUAGAGGUAUUUUAGGUUUUGUUAUUUUGGCUUUUUACCCACUCUGAAUCUAUGUAAUGUACUAGUAUGUUCAUACAGUAUAUAACUGCUAAUAAAUCUGAUUGUUUGCACUUUA